GACAACAUGAUCGCUGUUGGGUUGGCUUUUCUGAUUUUGUGCAUACAGAAUGCAGACUGCACCUCAGAUAAGCCUGCACAGGAAGGAACCACUUGGAAUUAUGACUAUACCAAAUACCACCCAAUGUCAGAGAUCUCUGAUUGGAUGGAACGUGUGGUGUCAGAGAACCCAGAGCUGGUGUCCUCCUCUGUGUACGGAGAGACCUUUGAGGGCAGGAACAUCACAUACCUCAAGAUUGGCCUAGGCUCUGAGGGAGAGAAGAAGAAAGCCAUCUGGAUGGACUGUGGGAUUCACGCCAGAGAGUGGAUCGCUCCUGCCUUCUGCCAGUGGUUUGUUAAAGAGAUCUUACGACGCUACCAGACAGAUGAGAAACUGAAUGAGAUGCUAAAGAACAUGGACUUCUACGUGACUCCCGUUUUGAACAUUGAUGGCUACAUGUUCAGCUGGGUUAAUGAGAGUACUCGACUGUGGAGGAAGUCCAGGUCAACUCCCCCAGAUGGCUGUUCCUGCCCUGGCGUGGAUCUCAACAGGAACUUCAAUGCAAACUGGGGCACUGUGGGCGUGUCCAAAGACUGCUGCAGCAACACGUACUGUGGUUCUGGUCCGGUGUCGGAGAAGGAGGCGGAGGCCGUGACCCAGUUCGUGGGCAGCAGGGUGGAGCAGAUCCUCUGCUUCCUCACCAUCCACUCCGCAGGGCAGCUGCUGCUGAUGCCUUAUGGACACCCACAAAUCUCAGCACCCAACUCUGACGAGCUGAGGGCUGUGGGCCAGGCUGCUGCUGAAGCUAUGAAGGCCGUCCAUGGGAAGGGCUACCGAGUGGGGACCUCUCCUGAGAUACUCUAUGCUAACUCAGGUUCCUCGCGCGACUGGGCUCGCCUGAUAGGGAUCCCCUUCUCCUACACCUUUGAGCUGAGGGACACGGGCGAGUUUGGCCACCUCCUCCCCGAGAACCAGAUCCAGCCGGCCUGUGAGGAGGCCUUCGAGGGAGCCCGCACCAUCAUCACCUACGUCCACGACAAGGCCUUCCACAACCGCACUGAGAUUGGAGCCGUCGGUGCCACGAGAGCCUUCUGGGCCACCGUACUGGCAUCCUGCCUGGUCAACAUGUACCUGUUAUGAGGGAAACAAAAAAUUAUGGGGGCAGCCUGGGCACAGAUGAGGAGAAAGCGUUCUGUAUAUUAUGCAGAUAGCUGGACUGAAUGCUGUUCGACUGAUCACUGUCUCUUGUGUUUUGGUUGUUCUGUCUCUCUCCAGUUAUACAUCAGAUCAGUAUGAGCAAAU